AUGGGCUCGCACAACCUGUCGGAUCAUCCGAUCUUUUGGUGCGACGAACUGAAGCGUUACGAGCGAAAGCGAAUCGCCGAUGAGAGCCUUCGCGAUUGGAAAAACCGGAAGCUGAUCGAGCGACGAUCCCGUGCCAAGGAGCAAGCCCAUUUUCCUCUCUUUCAGUACCGAGAAGUGAUGGAGCGCUACUCACCGUGGGGUCGCAAGGGAGGCGGUGCACCGAACGACACGAUUCGCAUGCGGAACAUCCAGCUGCAAGGGCUCUAUCCGGAGACGAAGAACGACCUACGGAAUCCCGUCUCGGUUGGGCGACCCCGAGGCGUAGGGGCCGGUGGUGGUGGUGCGCCUAUCCGUAGUGCUUCAGGCCAGAUCCUGACUGGUCUGACAGAUGAUCCGAUCAUCAGCUUCAACGACGCCAACCGGUAUCAUGUGGAUAACGAGCUUCGGUACAAGACGUCUCCGGCGCAGAAGCAGACGUACCGCGCCGAGCUGGAUCGGAUUGUGGCGGAGAAGGAGAACCGAGCGCGCAAGUCUCGGAGUUCGGAGUUGGUCGAAUCCUCGCAGGGUCCUGGCCCGGUUGGGUCCUGCCCACGCCCUAAUGGUGGUCCGUGGGGUAAACCGGGUCCUGGAGGCAAACCAUGGCGGCCACCGAAGAACGUUGGCCACAACUUCAUGAAAUCGAUGGGCUGGACGAACAAGGAGACGCUGCAGGACCUCGACCUGGAGCUGGUGAACCGGAUGCAGCGCCAGCUGGAGGAGGAGAAUCGCUUCCUGAAGCGCUUUUCCAACUGCUGCUCACGUUGUGUCUGUCAGUGCAUCAGCAACAGCCUCGAGCAGGUACCGGCAGCGGGGGGCAGUGCGGGAGCGGGGCGGGGGGUUGUCACCAAGCAUCACCCCUCACCUCCGGCCACGGCUCCUGGUCCACAAGCCCACCACGAGUUUCCACCACCACCACCUCCGGAUCGCCGCGUCCCGAGGCUCUGUAACCAAGGACAAGUUCCUCAACAACAGGCGCAACAACAGGCAGGGGCGGUCGGGGCGGGGGGUGGACGGCGCAAUGGCGGGCGGGUUCCACCGACACGUAACUGCAUGAUAACGGGCGGAGUCGAGCUCGUGCCACUGCUCGCCAAACGGCGCUCCCAACCGCGCCCCAUUAGCCUCGGUACGACCGACGUCACCAAGAUCGAUAAGUACACUGCGAAUGGCAGUAUCGCACGCCGCACAGACGACGGCUACCUAACCGACCUGUGCAACCAGAUGAACCAGAAGCAGCGAAAGGUCGAGACGGUGCGUGCGCAGGAGUUCGAGACGAGCCGGCAGCACUUCGAGACGUGGAGCACCUUCUGGGGCCGGCCAGGCCACGGGGCGCCACUUCCGAACAAGAAUAAGCUCAACCUGGACAGUCUGCUUUACAAAUCGCGCCGCUAAAGCAGAACCUGUACCGUGCUCCAACACCUGCCAGCAGCCUAACGACUGCGGCAGAUGAGUCGUGAGCCGGCAAGCCCGGCGACCGUCUCGAAGAUGGACAAUUUUCUUCACUUGCCGAUCGAGCGCAAGUGAGUGCAAAGUUGCUUCGCUUUCAUCCGACACCGACGA